AUGACUAUGCCAAAUGUUACUUUGUCCACUGCAAUUGUCGAUAUUUUAGACAACCAUGGAAAAGCGCACUCGUGUAGGAUGCUAUUAGAUUCUUGUUCUCAAGCUCACUUUCUCAGUGAACGAAUGUGUAAUCGUUUAGGAAUAAAAUCACAUAGAAUCUCAAUCCCUCUGAGUGGCACGAAUCAAAUGAAAUCUCAAAUUGAUCGUGCUACAAAUGCAACCAUAAAAUCGCGUCAUAGUCACGACGAGGUCAAAUUAACGUUUUUAAUUGUAAAAGAAAUAUCGCAGCCAGUACCUUCAGAAUCUUUAGAUCGUAAUAAGAUUCAAAUCCCAGCUGGUAUCCGAUUAGCAGAUCCCAGUUUCGAUCAAUGUGCAGAAAUCGAUGGACUCGUUGGAGCUAAAAUAUUUUGGGAUCUUAUACAUGCCGGUAAAAUAAUUUUAGCUGAAGAGGAAAUAAAACUCCGUAAAACCGAAUUAGGUUGGAUAGUAACAGGAGAAAUCAUUGGAAAGGGACAAUCUCGCAAUACAAUUUGCAAUCUCACUUUGAGAUCAUUAAACGACGAUAUUCAAAAGUUUUGGAAUAUCGAAGAGUACCCCUCAACGAGAAUGCUUUCUCCAGAGGAACGCGCGUGUGAACAGCAUUGCGUCGCACACACUACACGUAACUCAACUGGACGAUAUAUCGUCAAACUUCCAUUUAAAGACACACAUCACAACUUAGGCGAUACGUAUCAAAUGGCAUUAAAACGCUUUCUUUCAUUGGAACGGUCUUUAAGUAAAGAUAAUAGUCAACAACGUCAAUAUCACGAAUUUUUGCAAGAAUACAAACGAUUUGGUCAUAUGACACAAGUUUCAAACAACCAGAACGGUGGCUGUUAG